GACCCGCUGCCCCUCGGUGUCCAUCUCCCCCCCUCCCCUCCCCCGCCGAGGCCUCCCCCGCCCCGGCCCGCGCCUGUCUUUCCCCACCCCCCACCCCCUCAGCGAGCGGCGGAGGAGGAGACGCCUUCCCCCUCCGGGCCCCGCGGGACCCGGCCCCGGCGGGAGGGCGGCUCGCAGGGCCUGGCCCGGCCCGGCCCGGCCCCCUCCCCGCUGCCGUCGCCGCCUCAGGUAUUUCUUUCGAUAGUAGCUUCGAAAAUGAAGGUCAGAGGGCUCAGCUGGUGAAGACGUACAGAACGCCUCAAAGGGUCAACUCUGAUUUAAGAUACAGUAUCUAAAGGCAUUUGUGCCUGAAGCCACGGAAGAUAGAUGGACAAGCCAAGCAACUUCUGACUCUGCAUCAUUUUCUGGGGCAAAAUUAUAUGGCAAUGUAUCCUACAAGGGUGUCUGGUGAGGAAUGCAAUGGGAUCAAUAGCAUGUCUGCGGAGAGCGGCCCUGGGACGAGACUGAGAAAUUUGCCGGUGAUGGGGGAUGGACUAGAAACUACCCAAAUGUCUACGACGCAGUCGCAGGCCCAACCCCAGCAAGGCAGUACUGUAGGUGUUAACCCCCCUCCGCCGGAGACCUCCAACCCCAACAAGCCCAAGCGACAGACCAACCAGCUGCAGUAUCUGCUCAAAGUGGUGCUCAAGACGCUAUGGAAGCACCAGUUUGCGUGGCCUUUCCAGCAGCCCGUGGAUGCUGUCAAGCUGAACCUCCCUGAUUAUUAUAAGAUUAUUAAAACUCCUAUGGACAUGGGAACAAUAAAGAAGCGCUUGGAGAAUAACUACUACUGGAAUGCUCAAGAAUGUAUCCAGGACUUUAAUACAAUGUUUACAAAUUGUUACAUCUACAAUAAGCCAGGGGAUGACAUAGUCUUAAUGGCAGAAGCUCUAGAAAAGCUUUUCCUGCAGAAAAUCUCCGAAAUGACCCAGGAGGAAACUGAGAUUGUUAUAGCCCAGACAAAAGGAAGAGGACGUGCGAGGAAGGAACCAGUUACAUCCAAACCAGGCUCGUCGACGGUACAGAACACGACCCAAGCAUCAUCCCCAGCCCAGACGCCGGCACCGCCGCAAAACCUCCAGUCUGCGCAGACGACUCAUUCCUUCCCUUCCGUCACCCCCGACCUCAUCAUCCAGACGCCAGUAAUGACGAUAGUGCCUCCUCAGCCGCCCGCGCCUCCGCCGCCCGCGCCCCAAGCCCCCGCUCCACCGGCCCCAGCGCCCCAGCCCAUGCAGCCUCACCCUCCUGUUAUUCCCACUCCCGCUCAGCCCGUGAAGACAAAAAAAGGAGUGAAGAGGAAAGCAGACACCACCACGCCAACAACGAUAGACCCGAUUCAUGAAUCAUCAUCCCUGCCCACCGAACCCAAGUCCACCAAACUGGGUCCGCGAAGGGAAAGCAGCCGCCCGGUGAAGCCUCCAAAGAAGGAUGUUCCAGACUCGCAGCAGCAUGUGGUAGAAAAGAGCAGCAAAGUGUCGGAGCAGUUAAAAUACUGCAGUGGAAUCAUCAAAGAAAUGUUUGCCAAGAAGCACGCUGCCUAUGCCUGGCCCUUCUACAAACCUGUGGACGUGGAAGCCCUGGGACUGCAUGAUUAUUGCGAUAUCAUUAAGCAUCCCAUGGAUCUGAGCACAAUCAAAUCUAAACUGGAGAACCGGGAAUACAGAGAUGCUCAGGAAUUCGCCGCCGAUGUGCGAUUGAUGUUUUCCAAUUGCUAUAAAUACAACCCUGCCGAUCACGAGGUGGUCGCGAUGGCACGGAAACUGCAGGACGUGUUUGAGAUGCGCUUUGCUAAAAUGCCAGACGAACCAGAAGAACCUGUGAUUCCGGCCUCUUCUCCCGUGGUGGUGCCACCUCCGACCAAGGUGGCUCCCCCUUCGUCUAGCGAUAGCAGCAGCGAUAGCUCGUCCGACAGCGACAGCUCGUCGGAUGACUCUGAGGAAGAGCGAGCUCAGCGGUUAGCAGAACUCCAGGAACAGCUUAAAGCAGUGCAUGAACAGCUUGCAGCCCUGUCACAGCCCCAGCAGAACAAACCAAAGAAAAAGGAGAAAGACAAGAAGGAAAAGAAGAAGGAGAAGCACAAAAAGAAGGAGGAACUGGAAGACAGCAAGAAAAGCAAAGCCAAGGAGCCACCGUCCAAGAAGACUAAGAAAAGUAACAGCAACAGCAGUACCUCCAGUAGCAAGAAGGAGCCUGUGACGGUGAAGAACAGCAAGCCCCCUCCAGCCUACGAGUCUGAGGAGGAGGAGAAGUGCAAGCCCAUGUCCUAUGAGGAGAAGAGGCAGCUGAGCCUGGACAUUAAUAAACUCCCCGGUGAAAAACUGGGCCGAGUUGUCCAUAUCAUCCAGUCGAGAGAACCCUCGCUUAAAAACUCCAAUCCAGAUGAGAUUGAGAUUGACUUUGAGACGUUAAAACCAUCCACGUUACGGGAGCUGGAGAGAUAUGUAACGUCGUGUUUACGGAAGAAGCGGAAACCUCAAGCAGAGAAAGUGGACGUAAUUGCUGGUUCCUCUAAAAUGAAGGGGUUCUCCUCCUCAGAAUCGGAGAGCACCAGCGAGUCCAGCUCCUCCGACAGCGAAGAUUCAGAAACAGAGCUGGCGCCGAAAGCCAAGAAGAAGGGGCAUUCCGGGCGGGAACCCAAAAAGCAUCACCAUCACCACCAUCAGCAGGUGCAGCAGCAGCAGCCGCCGCCGCAGCAGCAGCCGCCGCCGCCGCAACAGCCGCCGCAGCAGCAGCCGCCGCCACAGCAGCAACAGCCGCAGCCGCCGCCGUCGGCGCCGCAACAGCCGCCGCAGCAGUUGCAACCGCUGCAGCCCCAACCGCCGGCGGCGCCCGUGCCGCCGCAAGCGCCGCCGCCGCCCCCGGCGCUCAAGUCCUCGCCGCCGCCGCCGCCUUUUGUGCCCGCCCAAGUGCCCGUGCUGGAGCACCCGCUCCCGGGCACCAUGUUCGACACCAUGACGCAUUUCGCCCAGCCCAUCCUGCACCUACCCCAGCCGGAGCUGCCGCCCCACCUGCCCCAGGCGCCCGAGCACAGCACUCCUCCCCACCUCAACCAACACGCCGUGGUCUCGCCGCCAGCUUUGCACAACGCUCUGCCGCAGCAGCCCUCGAGGCCCAGCAACCGAGCCGCCGCGCUGCCCCCGAAGGCGCCGCGUCCGCCGGCCGUCUCGCCCGCCCUGAGCCAGCAGCCCCUGCUCCCGCAGCCGCCGCUGCCCCAGCCGCCCCAGGUGCUGCUGGAGGACGAGGACCCGCCGGCGCCUCACCACAGCCUGCCUCUGAGCGCCAGCCAGAUGCAGAUCUACCUGCAGCAGCUGCAGAAAGUGCAGCCGCAGACUCCGCUUCUCCCUUCAGUGAAGGUCCAGUCGCAGCCGCCGGCGCCCCUGCAGCCGCCGGCGCAUCCCGCCGUGCCCCAGCUGCAGCACCCGCCCCAGCAGCGGCCCAUGCACAUGCAGCCCCUGCCCUUCCCUCCCCACAUGCCCCAGCCGCAACCCCCGCCGCAGCAGCACCCGCCCCCGCCGCAGCCCCAGCCGCAGCCCCCGCCGCAGCCGGCGAAGCCCCAGCAAGUCAUCCAGCACCACCCGUCGCCCCGGCACCAUAAGCCCGAUCCCUACUCGACCGGUCACUUGAGGGAAGCCCCUUCCCCUCUCAUGAUGCAUUCCCCACAGAUGCCGCCGUUCCAGGGUUUGGUCCACCAGUCGCCACCCCAGCCGAGCAUCCAGCCCAAAAAACAGGAGCUGAGGGCCGCCUCUGUCGUGCAGUCGCAGCCGCUGGCGGCCAAGGAGGAGAAGAUGCACUCGCCCGCCGUCCGCACCGAAGCCUUCAGCCCGCCGUUGCGGCCGGAGCCGCCGAAACACCCCGAGGGCGUCAAGGCGCCGGCGCACGGCCAGCCGAGAGCGGAGAUGAAGCCGCUGGACGGCGGGCGGCCCGUCAUUAGGCCACCCGAGCAGACGCCGCCGGUGGCGCCGCCGCCGCCGCCGCCUCCCGGCGGGCAGGACAAGGACAGGCAAAAACAGGAGCCCAAAACGCCCGUCGCCCCCAAAAAGGACCUUAAGAUUAAAAACAUGGGCUCGUGGGCGAGCUUGGUGCAGAAGCACCCCACCACGCCGUCCUCCACGGCUAAGUCCUCCAGCGACAGCUUUGAGCAGUUCAAGCGGGCGGCGCGGGAGAAGGAGGAGCGCGAGAAGGCUCUGAAAGCCCAGGCGGAGCAGGUGGAGCGGGAGAAGGAGCGUCUGCGGCGGGAGCAGGAGAGGAUGAGGAGCCGCGACGACGAGGACGCCAUGGAGCAGGCUCGCCGGGUGCACGAAGAAGUCCGGCGGCGCCAGGAGCAGCAGCAGCAGCAACAGCAGCAGCAGCAGCAACAGCAGCAGCAGCAACAGCAGCAGCAGCAGCAGCCGCAGCAGCAGCAGCAGCCCGUGGCGGCGGCCGCCUCGGCGCCGCAGGCGCAGAGCUCGCAGGCGCAGCCCUCGCAGUCCAUGCUGGAUCAGCAGAGGGAGAUGGCCAGGAAGCGGGAGCAGGAGCGGCGGCGCAGAGAAGCGAUGGCAGCAACCAUCGACAUGAAUUUCCAGAGCGACCUGUUGGCAAUAUUCGAAGAGAACCUUUUCUAAGAGCG